AUGUCGAUCUCCUCCACUGCCAUUUGGGCCGCCGCGCCCACUACCACGCGCGGGCAGCCAACGCAGCUGUCGUCCGACUCCAAGGGCGAGCGCCUUGCCUACGCGUCGGGCAAAUCCAUCUUCGUCCGGUCCAUCGACGAUCCCGCCGUCAGUCGCCAGUACACGGAGCACACCGCCCAAACCACGGUUGCCCGCUUCGCCCCCUCGGGCUUCUACGUAGCCAGCGGAGAUGCGUCGGGUGCAGUCAAGGUCUGGGACUGCGUUGGCGAGGGUGCAACAAAGGGCGACUACCACAUCAUUGCCGGGCGCAUCAAUGACCUGGCCUGGGACGGCGACUCGCAGCGCAUCAUCGCCGUCGGCGAGGGCAAGGAGCGUUUCGGGCACUGCAUCACCUGGGACAGCGGCAACAGCGUGGGCGAGAUCUCGGGCCACUCGUCCCAGAUCAACUCCGUGUCCAUCAGGCAGCAGCGCCCUCUCCGCGCCGCCACGGGCAGCGACGACACAAGCAUGGUCUUCUACCACGGCGCGCCCUUCAAGUUCAACACCAGCGCGCGCGGCCAGCACAACCGCUUCAUCUUCGGCACCGCCUUCAGCCCCGACGGCACGCACCUGGCCACGGUCGGCGCCGACAAGCGCAUCUGGCUGUACGACGGCAAGACGGGCGAGGCCAAGACGCAGAUCGGCGACGGCGUGCACACGGGCAGCAUCUUCGGCGUGUCGUGGGACAAGGACUCGAAGCGCUUCGUGACGGCCAGCGCCGACCAGACGGUGCGGAUCUGGGACGUCGAGACGGGCUCGGCCGUGCAGACGUGGCGCAUGGGCGACGAGGGCGUCGUCAGCAUCGGCGACCAGCAGGUCGGCGUCACCUGGCCCGCCGGCCGCAGCGACGGCACCAUCAUCUCGGUCGACCUGGACGGCAACCUCAACUACCUGGCCGAGGGCAGCGACAAGCCCACGCGCGUGGUCCGCGGCCACUCGAAGAACAUCACGGCCGCCACCAUCCAGGACAACACCUUCUACACGGGCAGCUACGACGGCCGCGUGCGCGCCUGGGACGUCUCCACCGGCCUCGCCGAGAACAUCGACGGCGAGAGCCACAGCAACUUCGUCGCCGGCUUCUCACCCUCCUCGGACUCGGGCGAGCCCCGCGUCUACAGCGUCGGCUGGGACGACACGCUGCGCCAGAUCUCAUCCAACAGCAAGUCCUUCGCGGGCGCCAAGACGGAGCUGCACUACCAGCCCAAGGGCGUGGCGGCCACGGCCGGCGACCUCGUCCUCAUCGCCUCGCCCUACUCCGUCUCCAUCUUCAAGGACGGCAAGGAGGCGUCGUCGCGCCCCAUGCCCUACCCGCCGACCUCCAUCGCCGCUUCCGGCAACCUCGUCGCCGUCGGCGGCGAGGACAAGGUCGUCCGCGUCUACGAGCUCGACGGCACCUCCCUCCGCGACAUCGGCGUCGAGCUCACCGCGAGCACGUCCGUCAUCUCCACGCUCGCUUUCUCCCCCAAGGGCUCCUACCUCGCCGUCGGCAACACGGGCGGCAAGAUCCAGGUCUACGACGCGAAGGCCGGCAAGGACGCCGAGUGGCCGCUCGUCACGGACCGCUGGUCGGCGCACACGGCGCGCAUCACGGCCAUCGCGUGGAAUGAGACGGAGGAGUUUGCGGCGAGUGGCAGUCUGGAUACGAACGUGUUUGUGUGGAGCGUGGCGAAUCCGGGCAAGAGGGUUAGGCAGCUCAAUGCGCAUAAGGAGGGCGUGAGUGGCGUGGCGUGGGUUGGGGGUGGUGCGGAGAAGGUGCUGUCUACGGGUGGUGAUUCGACGGUUAAGGUUUGGAAGGUUGAGGGGGUUGUUUAG